UGCUUCCAGACUGCUGGAGCUGGGGCGAGGCGCAAGGCACGUGGGGCUCCGAGGUGCUCGCUGGAGUUCCUUCGCGGGGGGAGCCUUCUGGAGAGGAGUUUGUGGGACCCGAGAUUUCCAGUGGUGCUAGUUUGCCCUAGCCCCGUGGGGACCUGUGUGGAGAAGACUUCCCUCUUCUGCUUCUGCCAUGGCUGCCAAAACCGUCAUCAUAGACCACGGGUCUGGCUUCCUGAAGGUGGGACUGUCGGGCUGGAACCAGCCCCAGAUGAUCUAUCCGAGCGUUGUGAACUACAUACCCUGCCAGGAGAACCCGGGCCCCAGCUACGCCCAGAGACAGGUGAGCCUGGGCAUUGACUUCGGCAACCCCGACACCUUCAGCUAUCCCAUCCAGCGCGGCCGCGUCAUCAACUGGGAAGGCGUGGAGCACAUCUGGAGCUUCGUGGUGCAGCAGUACGGGAAGGACCACGACUGCCCCGUGAUACUCACGGAGUUCCCGCUGAAGGAGCCCACGACCCGCAAGAAGACCCUGGAGAUCAUGUUUGAGCUCCUGGAAGUGCCGUCCCUACUCCUGGCCGACCAGCUGGAGAUGUCCCUGUACGCCUCAGGGCUCCUCACUGGCGUGGUGGUCGACUCGGGCUACGGCCUGAGCCGCGUGCAGCCCUUCCUCCUGGGCCAGUGUCUGCCCGACAGCAAGAGGACACUGGAGUUCGCCGGCCAAGACCUCUCCACCUACCUCUUCAAAAGCCUCUUUAAGGAGAAAAGCGACGAGCACAACAUUUACCAGAUGGACACGGUGGCCAAGACACAGAUGAGCAAGUGCUACGUGCCGAAGAACCUGCAGGAGGCGCUGGACUUCCACCAGAGCCUGCCCAGUGGCUCCGACGAGAGAGGCACCUACCAGCUCCCGGAUGGCACCCACGUGGAGCUGACGGCCCUGGAGCAGCUGGCGCCCGAGAUGUUCUUCAGCCCGCAGGUGUUCGGCCUGCAGGGCCCCAGCCUUCCCCAGAUCCUGGUGGAUUCCAUCAAGUCCUGCGAGGUCCCUGGGCAGCCGAUGCUCCUGUCCCACGUGAUGCCCUGUGGUGGGAACAGCCUGUACCCUGGCUUCACCAAGCGCCUGUGCCAGGAGCUCAACUCGGGUCACUUCCCCCACAAGGCCACGGUGUGGAUGGGCGAGAAGAGGAACUUCAGUGUGUGGCUGGGCGCCUCGGUGGUGGCCCACUUCUCCACCUACCGGUCCCAGUGGGUGGCCAGGCAGGAGUAUCUGGAGAGCAUGAGGCUGUGAUGUGCUGGCUGGCUCCCGGGCACAGCCUCCUAUCACGUGAGCUCGGGAUGCAUUUUAGUCCUGGAGUGGAGUGGGGUGCCGGUUGUGGAGUUAGGAGGUCUAGAGGGAUUGUUUUAGGUUCUAAGGUUAUAUCUUGUGCCAAGAGUGGGAUCCAGCCCAAGGGAGGACCAGUGUCAUCCCCGGAAUCCCUGCAGUGUCACGGGGGUGAGAGUGGUCGUCUGUCACCUCCCUGCCUGACACCAAUGGAUUGGCUUUCACGGUCAUCUUCCUUGGGCUGUCUCAUCCUUGCUUGUUUGGGUUUUAUCCGGGGAAGAGAGCGGGACCUUUUUUCAAAAGUCCUGAUUAUUUUUGACUGGGAGUUGGGGGAGGGGGGUAGUUGAAGUUUCUAGUUCUGUGGACCCUUUGUGGCCAGGGAGACCCUUUCGAGGAACUGGAGUGCCUUCCCACCCACAGGGGCCUUGUUUGAUGUGUGCAAAUAAACUUCUCAUUUGG